AUGCCGGCAACCGUUCGCAGUGCCCCUGGCAGCCGUGAAAGGAUCCUCCUCGAGACUUUCAUCUUCGAUAUCGCAGUCUCCGCCGCGGCAGCAAGGAAACACAUCUGGAAGAAUAGAACGUCUCGGGAUAGUGCCGCAUCUCCCAAUGCCCAUCCAACCAAUGCGUGCGAGAGACCAGAUAUUGUGAAAAUGAGCAACGCAGUAAUUGUCUUAUCCAAGCUUGAACCAGGCUGUACUCCUAUUAAUUGCCGAGAAACAAGCCGAGAAUAA